AUGUCAUUAUUUGAUGUAAACCACGACCCCUUUGACGAAGACGAAGAAGACGACGAGUUCAGUGAUUACGAAGGUGGAAAUGUCUACAAUGACCCUGUUCCCACAACAGUUACCCCAGAUUUUGAUGUUGAUAUUAUACAAUUAUCGAAUACCUACACCUAUGUUGGUGGUCUCUUGAUUCAUACCAAAGGUAGAACAAGAAAACCACGUCCCUUUAUCGAAUUACCCACUGAUUUCAGACUACAACAGAUUGCAAAAACUACCAUCAGCAAACUUUCUUCUGUCCAACUAGCUAAAAUGAAGUCCCUAUGUAGCAAGAUAGUUGAGAAUGAAGUUACAUGUUUUCCCCACCCGGUAUUACGAAAGUAUGCCCCAGCCUCCACGGAAAUGUAUCUAGUGAGAACAGUUGAUGGAGUGAAGUUACAGGAGACAAACCCUGGUGGUUGCAUCAAGGUUCCAGUUUAUAAACUUUCAAUGCAAGGAUCCAAGUAUCACAUAGUUUACAUCGCUGUUCCCAAUGAUGACAGUAUACUGAAAGACAACCACAUGCAAGUUGAUUUUUCUACGGUGGACACCAGCAACAACAACAGUUAUUUGUCAGGUCUUUGCGAAGGCGUCGAGUUGACUGCAGAACACAUCAGUCUUUUGAAGAAGUUGGACCAGUCACCUACUAGUUUCAAUGGAGAAGAAUUCUACACCAAAGUGUAUGAUAAUGUUAUUUCCAAACCCACGUCUAGGUGCUACUAUGUACCCAAGGGUCACAACUCCAUGACUUUGUCACCGUUCUUUAAUGUCCAUACUUCCAAUGUCAAGAAGGUUUACACUAGAUACUUUGGUUACUUAUAUGCCAUCUUGGUGAACUAUGACAAGUUUGACUUCAUGAAUACUGCUGCUGAAGGGAAGGCACGGGAAUUGCUUGAGCUGGUCAAGUAUGCUGACACAUUUGACGGUAGGUACAUUACAAUUUUAGAUUUGUUUGAUUAUUUCAUGAUGGAGAAUGACAAUAUAUUAAACUUAGCCCUACUCCCGUUUCUAUUGGACCUUAAAACCCACAGGUUGAAAGCUACCGAUUUCAGUUUGAAGAAACUCAAUGGGUUAAAGAGUUUUUGUAAGCGAGUGCUCUUUCUUAAGAAUGACCAAGGAACCAUACACAAGUUUGUUGCUCAGUCCAAUUUCAGUCAGAGUGAUUUCAUCGGGUGGGCCAAGUUGGUUCAUAUUUAUCAGGCAUUGAAGGAAGAACGGGGCGAAUAUGUCAAAUUCAAAGUGACUCCUGGUCCUGGAGAACUGGUUUACGUCAACGGCACCAAUGUUUCUCCUCUGUACUUUAAUAAGUUGUACGACUCGGCAUACGACCAUUUCAGAAAGCAGUACGAUUCCAUGAGUCAACUUAUUGAAGACUACCAUACGAUUGAAGAAGUGUAUGAGCAGUUUCUAUUAGUUGGGGACCAAGGAAAAGGUAGUCUUAUCUCGGGAUUUACCAAGCAGAUAUUCCUGGUUAAUACUGAUGUUGACAAGCAGUUGGUGGUUGAUGUGAUUGAUUCGAUGACCUUGGAUUUGCUAGUACUAUGUUAUAUUCUGGGCGCCAACUCGUUUAGGUUUCCCGAACUCCGAUCGCUCCAGUUCAAUGCACCCAGUUAUGAAGAAAGAAACACGGUGUACUACAACGACAUUAUGCAUAUCAAGACGUUUACGAACAAGAACAAGCGGUUUGAUGGUAGACUUCGUAUUGCCACACGAAAGUUGAGUAAGGUUAUGGUGGCUUAUCUCGUGGCAGUACGGCCACUUUAUAUAGAGCUUCAUGGUGGGGAUCUUCCCAAGGUUACUGAACAGUUCUUCACUCACCGACUGGAUUUACCAGAUGACAAGAUCAGUGCGUUGUUCUACAAGUGCUAUAUAUUUGUGACUCUGAAGGGCCGGUUUAUUAGUCUGCAUGAGUUCAAGAGUCAUAUGGCUACGUUAUUAGGCAAGCACAUGGGAAGAAUUGUGACACCGAGAAAAAUACGACAAGCAAUCUCGUACUUUUUCCGACACAAGAUCGUGGAAGCUACUACCGCCAAACAAGGGCUAAUAGCCAUGCAAAAUCAAGUCAAGAAUGAGAAGGUACAGGGACACGCCAAUGCGACAUCCGCUUCAUAUGGAGGGUUGGGUCCUUUGGGGGCAGAUUCAUCCAUCACACAAUCAGACUAUAUAUAUUUCCAGUGUUUAUUCCGAGAAUGGUUUAAGUUUAUUGGCAUCGAAGAUAGUGAAGGGUUUGAGUCUAUUUUUGAGAGGAAGGAAGUUGCGGAGGAUCCAGAUGAAAUCUUCCUUACUGCCAAUGGUGGUGAUGUUAGAGAGGCUAUUGGGGAUUUGCAGUUGAGAGCUGAUCAGAUGUCUAUUCUAGAUGACUUGGCGUUAUCAACCGAAACUUCGAAUGUACUAUUGGGAGCACCUACCGGGUGGGGAAAAUCAUUAUUGAUUGCGUUGCUUAUUAAAGCCCAUAAGAUUGCUGCAAGACGAAGUUGCAAUAAGAAAGUAUUGAAUUUGGUGUUGGUGCCGUACCAGGCGUUGAAGUUUCAACUAAUCGAGAGAUUUGAGAAGGCCGGACUAAAUGUGCUACAUGCAGCCCAGUAUACCACUUUCAGCGAGUCAUCCACUGCUGACGUGAUGGUUGGGUGUGUCGAUGUUAUAGCGUCGGAUGAUUUUCUUGCUUUCUUGUAUAACUUCAAGAAGUAUUUUGGCAGGACAUAUAAACUAUCGUCGUGUUUAUUUGAUGAAUCGCAAAGUCUUGUGUGUGAUUUCUCGUAUAGAGAAUUUAAAAAGUUGAAGUUACAAGUGACUGAUUUGUUUCACAGGACAGUUAUGAUAUCUGCUACAAUUCCCAAGAAUUUUAUAACGUUUUUAAAGAAGAAGUGGGGCUAUGACUGUGGAAGAUAUAUCAAUCUAAUCACAAGCGAUCCAUUGGCCAAGAUAUUCAAUACCAGUACAUCAUUCAAAGAGAGAGACAGAAUUAUGGAUUAUGUUGUAGUUCUGAUGAAGAACUUUCUCCAACGAGAUGUAAAUGAUAUAGCAUUGCUAUACUUUGAAAACAAGAUUAUCCAAGAGAACUACUAUAGAAGAUUGUGUAGUGAAUUUGGAGACAAGUUGAUGGUGAUGAUCAAUGCGGACACUGAAAAUAAACAGGCUAGCCUUGCUUCGAUUGACUAG